UUUUAUUUCAAUCGAUUCAAGCAGUGUUCGACAAUGGUGACAAUGGCUUACAGUGAUUCAUAAGUUAGGCGAGACGACCCUGAGAUGUUAUGCCGUCAAGUUGUGAAGUUCUGGAUGCUACAAUAGGCCAAAGUAGAAAAGGAAAGUGGAAGAACGACGACUCUAUCAGAAUGUCUUCCAAACAAGCUGCCUCUCCGUACACUGCUUCUGCUGAUGGGGAGGAAGCAAUGGUCCAGGAAAGAUUGGUACGGGAGAGGGAAAGGGAGGAGCUCAAUGACCAGCACACGGCCUCACACCUGCCCCUGCAUACAAUAGUAAUCAACAAACCUCAUCCUGAGGAGCUACCACCUGUUGUCAGCAGCCUCCAACCAGACAGUGAUUGGGACAACAUGGCUACCACCCAGCACAGAGCAGAUUCUGACAACAACAAAGUCUGUUCCUUGUACUCCUUCCGCAAUGCAACUACCUCACCGCACAAGCCAGAAGAAGGGGCCCGCGAGCGCAGUGACAUGAUCACUAGUGCAGCUUUUGGAACACCUGAGAGACGCAAAGGAAGCUUAGCUGACGUGGUGGACACAUUGAAACAGAAGAAGCUCGAAGAAAUGACAAAGACUGAACAAGACGAAUCAUCCUGUGUCGAGAAAUUUCUCUCUAAGGACUGGAAAGAGAAGAUGGCUGGACUCAAUACAGGGGAGAUUCUUGGGGAAAUCAAAGGUACGCCGGAAAGCCUUGCAGAAAAGGAACGUCAGCUGUCCGCCAUGAUCAACCAAUUAAUUAGUUUACGGGAGCAGCUCCUGGCAGCACAUGAUGAGCAGAAGAAGUUAGCAGCAUCACAAAUUGAAAAACAAAGGCAGCAAAUGGAACUUGCCCGCCAGCAGCAGGAACAGAUUGCAAGACAACAGCAGCAACUAUUGCAGCAACAACACAAAAUCAAUCUUCUUCAACAGCAAAUCCAGGUUCAGGGUCACAUGCCUCCACUCAUGAUCCCAAUUUUUCCACACGACCAACGGACACUUGCAGCGGCUGCUGCAGCCCAGCAGGGAUUCCUGUUCCCCCCAGGAAUAACAUACAAACCAGGUGAUAGCUACCCUGUGCUACUCAUUCCGUCGACAAUGGCAGCUGCAGCUGCGUCUGGACUCAGCCCAUUACAGCUCCAGCAGCUGUAUGCAGCACAACUGGCCAGUAUGCAGGCUUCACCUGGUGCUAAGAUCCCGUCCACUCAACAACCAACAAACCCAGCAGGUGCACUCUCACCAACAGCUCUGAAAAAUGAAAAGCACGGGACCAGCCCUGUGGCUCAAGUAAAGGAUGAAGCAGCUCAGCCACUUAAUCUGUCAGCCAGGCCCAAAACUUCAGAACCCGUCCGAUCCCCCACAUCACCCACCCAGAGCUUCUUCCACACAAAUAAAUCCAGUCCUGUCAAUCUGCCCAACAAAAGCAGCAUCCCCAGCCCAGUGGGAGGUACUCCAGGAAGAGGAUCAUCUUUAGACAUCCUCUCAACUCUGAAUUCGACAGCCUUCCUGGGUGACCAGGACGCAGUGAUGAAGGCCAUCCAGGAAGCUCGGAAGAUGAGAGAACAGCUGCAACGAGAGCAGCAGCUGCAGCAGCCAGGGCUCGAUGGAAAGAUGCCGUCCAUGAAUAACCUUGGAAUUAACUGCACGGGUAAUAAGAUCAAUGACAUGCCAGGCAAUGUGACAUACUGUUCUAGACCAGUGAAGUACAAUGUAGCAUACAGUCUUCAAGCAGUUCCAAGCUAUCCUAUUAUUGAACGGGUGCCCUUUGAGAAUCUUGCACAGCAGCUGACGGGAAAAACAGGUGAAGAUGUGAAGGUUGGUCCAGGGGUCAUUGACCUCACAAGGCCAGAAGAUGCAGAAGGAAGCACUACAGUGACGGAGGCACGGGUCUACAGAGAAACCAGGGGUCGCAGCAACAACGAGCCGCAUAUCAAACGACCAAUGAACGCUUUUAUGGUGUGGGCAAAGGAUGAGCGCAGGAAGAUACUGCAAGCAUUUCCAGACAUGCAUAAUUCAAACAUCAGCAAAAUUUUGGGAUCUCGCUGGAAAUCAAUGUCUAACCAAGAGAAGCAGCCAUAUUAUGAGGAGCAGGCCAGACUUAGCAAGAUGCAUUUAGAGAAAUACCCCAAUUACAAGUACAAGCCCAGACCAAAGCGCACCUGCAUUGUGGAUGGCAAGAAGUUACGUAUUGGUGAAUACAAGCAAUUGAUGAGAAACCGAAGGCAGGAGAUGAGACAGUUCUUCACAGUAGGGCAACAGCCUCAGAUUCCAAUCACUACGGCAGCAGGUGUAGUGUAUCCUGGUGCCAUCUCAAUGGCAGCCACAGCAGCGUCACCACAACUGACAUCUGAGUGUUCCAGCAGUCCGGCAGUCCCAGAACCAAGCAUCCCAGUCAUCCAGAGCACUUACAGCAUGAAGGGAGAAAGUGGCAACCUGGGCGUGAAUGAAAUGAUGAAUGGCGAAGAUGAAAUAGAAAUGUAUGAGGACUAUGAGGAUGAUCAGAAAUCAGACUAUAGCAGUGACAAUGAGAAUCAGGAGGCCAUCAGUGCCAACUGAGCAGCAACUGCAAUCAGACUCUUUGAACAAAAAAAGUUAUUGAUGAGCCUGCAUGUUUGGCUCCAACAGAUUCAUCAGCAAUGGUCUUAACUGUUUCUUAAUGUGUGAAGCAUUCUGAUUUGUUUUUUUUUAUUUUUACAAAGUAUCAUGGACAUUUUACAUUACUGGCUACAGUCUGAAAACAAAAAAAAUUAAAACAUCAGGACUUGAAAGCUGUUGCUUAAUAUAAAUUCAUAGCUAUCUGGCAGUCUUAAAUUUUUUCCUUUCUCUUUUUUGAGCUUGUUUUCAAAUGCUUUAGUUACUGUUUCUUAAGGGGCGGGGGGUUAUAUUCUCACUCAGGUAUGCUGUGCCAACCAGCAACUUGUGAAUGUGUUUUUAAUCUGAACUAUUUAAAAUAAUUUA